ACCCUUCUUCUUCCUCUCAAAUCACAACAUGCCUUCUAUUUCUGAUGCUCGUUCCACUUCUCACAGGGAUGUACGUUACAGCUGUGGUAGCUGCGGUUAUGAGCUUAACCUAUCUUCCUCGAACCGUGACAUCUCAACAAUCGGUUCAAAAUAUGGGAAAUCCAUGAAACGAGGCAUAAUAACAUUCUCCAACGUCGAUGAUGAUAGAUUUGGCCAUGUCGAUGAAAUCGAGUGCGCCCCUCACUUAUCUAAACUCUCAUGGCGUUUGUUCCGCCGCAAAACCAAGCUUAUUUGUCGCAAAUGUUGCAACCACAUUGGAUACGCUUAUAACACUUCAUCUUCAUCCAUUCCUCUUGUCUCAGUUGGAGCUGCUGAAUCCGAACCAUCAAGUUAUACAAAGUACGAAAUUCGAAUCCGUGCAUUACAACCUUCGUCUUCUCAAGACAAUAAUGGGAUCACCGUUGUUGCUUGAAACUUAAUUUAAUAUAAUUUGUAGUCAUUUGUUAAUAACCGGCUAUAUACAAGAACAAACAUAAAGUUGCAACCUCAUUAAUGUAAAUGGUGCAAAAUUUUUUUUAUUUAUGUUUUUGU